CACACACACACAUUUUCCAUUUCUAAUUCUUUCCCACAAGCCACCGACUUUUUUAAUCCUAAAGUGAAACGAACACUUUCUCCUCCUCCUUCACUCGCACACACUGUAAAGAUCUACUUCUACCUUGUAGGUUGUAGCACAAACCAAAACCAAAGCCAAAACCCAACUGCAAAAAUUCAUUGAUUUCACUAAAAUGGCGUUAAAGAACACUCUAACAUCAUCUUCAUCAUCUUUAACUUGUUCAAUUUCCAAUUUUUUUCUUUCUUUUUCUCUUCUAUGCACCCUUUCUUUUUCUCUCUUCCUCCUUUUCAAUCAACCCAUCUCCAAUACAUACAAUCCCUCUUCCACUUCCCAACUUUCCUUCCCAAAUCACCACAAUUUACUUAAAGUUUACAUUUUUAACCUACCCACUUCUUUUAAUUAUGGUCUUUUAGAAAAAUACUGGUCUUUACCCCCUGAUUCUAGGAUCCCAAAUGAUCCAGAUCAUGAACCCGGGUCAAAAUUUUCUGGAAAUCUCACGUACCCACCCUACCCAGAAAAUCCCGUGAUCAAACAGUAUAGUGCUGAAUAUUGGAUUUUGGGUGAUCUUCUAACUUCUGAGAAUUUGAGAAGUGGGUCAUUUGCUACAAGGGUUUUUGAUGAGAGUGAAGCUGAUGUGAUUUUUGUACCGUUUUUUGCUACUUUGAGUGCUGAAAUGCAGCUUAGUUUGGAUAGAAAUGUGUUUAGGAAGAAAACUGGGAAUGAAGAUUAUCAGAGACAAAGACAAGUUGUUGAUCUUGUUAAGAAUUCUGAUAGUUGGAAGAAAUCUGGUGGUCGUAAUCAUGUUUUUGUUUUAACAGACCCUGUUGCCAUGUGGCAUGUUAGAGACGAGAUAGCUCCGGCAAUACUUCUUGUUGUAGACUUUGGUGGUUGGUAUCGGCUUGACACAAAAUCAUCGAAUGCCAAUUCGUCAGAGAGAAUUCAACAUACACAAGUUUCUUUGCUUAAGGAUGUGAUUGUUCCGUACACCCAUCUGCUCCCUGCAUUGCACUUAUCCGAAAACCAGCCUCGCCACACUCUUCUUUUCUACAAAGGAGCUAAACAUCGGCAUAGGGGAGGUGCGGUUCGAGAGAAGUUAUGGGACAUUCUGCUAAAUGAACCUGGUGUCAUUAUGGAGGAAGGAUUCCCCAAUGCCACUGGUAGGGAGCAAUCAAUCAAGGGAAUGAGGACCUCUGAUUUCUGUUUGCAUCCUGCUGGAGAUACACCAACAUCGUGUCGCCUUUUUGAUGCGAUUCAAAGUCUCUGUAUUCCUGUUAUUGUUAGUGACCACAUUGAGCUACCCUUUGAAGGCAUGAUUGACUAUUCGGACUUCUCCAUUUUUGUGUCAGUUAAUGAUGCUCUGCAACCAAAAUGGCUUGUAUCUCAUCUUCAAGGCAUCUCUAUGAAGCAGAGAGAAAAUUUUCGUACAAAUAUGGCUCGAGUUCAGCCCAUGUUUGUGUAUGAUAGUGGCCAUCCUGAUGGUAUCGGUCCAAUUCCACCAGAUGGUGCAGUGAAUCAAAUCUGGAAGAAAAUUCACCAAAAGCUGCCCAUGAUUAAAGAAGCUAUAGUUCGAGAUAGAAGGAAGCCACCAGGUGUAUCGAUUCCUCUUCGCUGCCAUUGUACCUGAUUAACUUGUAGAUGAAUGUUUCCCGUCCUCAAAACGAAUUGCCAUUGAUUCUUCAUCAUCCAAGAAUGGAAGGAAAUCACCAUACUUGUUCUGUAAAUCAAGUAGAAGCACCACUAUCACUAUAUUUCCCAACAUUUGGAACUAACCUGGCAGAAGUUCAACCUAGUACCCAAGUUUUUGUCAUGAAUACGCUUGAAAAUAUGCCAUCUUGUACGAGUUUUGUUGUAGAACUUCCGAAUACCGAAAGUACAAAUUUGUUAUUAUCCAUCUUGUUUGAAGUUAAAGUGAUGCAUUAAAUGUGUAGCAGUACAAUGUGACUUAUAUGAAAUGAAA